GGAGGGAUACAACAACCCCCAGGUGUCUGGUGAGAACCUGAUUGGCCUCAGCAGGGCCCGUCGCCCACACAAUGCUAUCUUUGUGAACUUUGAUGACAAAGAAGUCCCAGCUAAACCACUGGAUGCUGCUGUACAGACCUGGAAGAAAGUGUGCACAAAUCCUGUUGAUAAAAAGGUGGAGGAAGAGCUGAGAAAGCUCUUUGAAGUCCGUCCUGUCUGGUCUCGGAAUGCAGUGAAAGCCAAUAUCAGUGUCCACCCAGACAAGCUGAAACUUCUUUUGCCAUAUUUGGCCUAUUACAUGUUAACAGGUCCUUGGAGAAGCCUAUGGGUUAGGUUUGGGUAUGACCCCAGAAAACACCCUGAAGCAAAGAUUUAUCAAGUACUGGACUUCCGAAUUCGCUGUGGAAUGAAAUACGGUUAUGCCCCUAAUGACAUGCCCGUGAAAGCAAAACGCAGUACAUAUAACUACAGUCUGCCCAUCACUGUCAAGAAGCCUGUAAGUCACACAGUCAGUGUACAUGAUCUGAAACAGGGGCUUGGUACAUCCAGUGCCUCCAGUGCAAAAAGGACUGCCUCCAGCAGGUAUAAACUGAAGGAAUCCAUCUAUAUUUUUCAAGAAGGAGCCUUACCCCCUUAUCGGCAGAUGUUCUACCAGCUCUGUGAUUUGAAUGUGGAAAGCCUACAGAAAAUUAUCUGUCGUAAUGACGGCACAGAGUCAGAAUGCACAGAGCGGGAUGGGUGGUGUGUUCCAAAGACUAGCGAUGAGCUGCGAGAUGCCAUGUCUCUGAUGAUAAAGCAGAUAAUCAGAUCCACAAGACCUGCUCUUUUCUCAAAUACAAGAAGCAGUGAAGAUAGUGAAGAGCAGCUAGCGUAUGAGUCUGCAGAGGAUG